UUAGAGACUUUUGACAAAAUGUGCAGAAGAAGCAAAAAAGAUUUAACAAACGUCUCUGCUGGGGUCUUCUUCUUCUUCCUGGCAUAAGCGUAGGGUUUAACACCUCUCCCUAUACACAAAACCUCUCCGCUUCUGCAUUUAAUUCAUCCACAGAGUCAUGCAAAGAUUCAACUGGGUUCUGCGGCAUUUACAGGCACGAAGAACAUUUGAUUCCGCGUUGGGAUUUCGACAAGGGUUUCAGAAGCCGUUGUUCGAGCGUUACAUUCACGCUACAGGAACAUCCUGCUCUAGUGCUCGUAAUUACUAUGAUGUUCUCGGUGUUUCUCCAAAAGCUACCCGUGAGGAGAUUAAAAAGUCAUUCCAUGAGCUUGCAAAAAAAUUCCACCCUGAUACAAAUAGAAAUAAUCCUUCAGCAAAAAGAAAAUUCCAGGAAAUAAGAGAAGCAUAUGAGACCCUGGGAAAUUCGGAAAGAAGAGAAGCAUAUGAUAAGCUGCGCUAUCGGAGUUCAGAUUAUGUAAAUAAUGAUGGUGGUGAUGCAGAGAGAUUCAGACGUGCCUACCAAUCCAAUUUCUCGGAUUCGUUCCACAAGAUUUUUUCUGAAAUAUUUGAGAAUGAUCAGAUUCAACCUGAUAUUCGGGUGGAACUGUCGCUUUCUUUUUCGGAAGCUGCAAAAGGGUGCACCAAACGUUUGUCUUUUGAUGCAUAUGUCUUUUGUGAUUCCUGUGAUGGCCUUGGCUACCCUCGUGAUGCUGCCAUGGGAGUUUGUCCAACAUGCAAGGGAGCUGGACGAGUAACAAUUCCUCCUUUUACAGCAUCAUGCCAGACGUGCAAGGGAUUGGGACAUAUUGUUAAGGAGUACUGCAUGUCUUGUAGAGGAUCCGGUGUUGUGGAAGCCACAAAGACUGUUGAACUUGUGAUCCCUGGAGGGGUGGAGCCUGAAGCUACGAUCCCAAUCCAAGGUGCUGGUAAUGUAAGAUCAAGAACAACUCAACCUGGGAACUUGUAUAUCAAACUAAAGGUUGCCAAUGAUUCAGUUUUCUCAAGGGAUGGGUCAGAUAUAUAUGUGGAUGCUAAUAUUAGCUUUACACAAGCCAUUUUGGGAGGCAAAGUUGUCGUGCCAACGCUUUCAGGAAAGAUACAGCUAAAUAUACCAGAGGGGACUCAGCCUGGUCAACUUUUUGUUUUAAGAGGCAAAGGACUACCGAAACAAGGCUUUUUUGUAGACCAUGGAGAUCAGUAUGUCCGUUUCCGAGUUAACUUUCCUACUGAAGUGAAUGAACGCCAGCGUACUAUACUGGAAGAGUUUGCAAAGGAAGAAAUCAACAACGAGUUGAGUGGUUCUGCUGAAGGAAGUUGGUGGAAUCGAACGGGUCCUCAGAUCAUACGCGACUUCUCGUUAAUCAUGCUGCUGGUGCUAUUGUUCAACAAGUUAAUGGGAUGAAACCACCACGAGAGAUGAAAGAUAAAAGAAGAAGCAUUCAGCAGAAGACAGACACAAGUGAAAUUUCAUCUAGAAAAACGAACAGGUCAACAGCAUAACAGAAAGGGCAAGGGUCAUGAUUUGACUUCAUAUUCUAUCACAAACUCAUUUGAUGUGAAUAAUAAGAGACAUCAACAAGUAAAGCUUAAAAGAAAAAGAAAAAAACUCCUCGAGAGUUGUGUUUUUGGCAUA